AUGCCUGCAGUGAGGAAAUUUCGCUGUGAGACCUACUCCGGCGCCUCGGUGCGUUUUUUGCGGGCUUCUGCAAGGCGGCCAAGCGAGCCCUUUUGCAAAAAGUCUUGGUUCUGUGGGUUUCAAUUGGUUCGACCUGUUUCUUUCCCUUCCCUUCCAGUUCGGGUUGCCUGGUUCGACUGCACGAUCUCAACAAUUGUCAAUCUCCGGCGAUGGACCACAGUCUGGACGUUGGCUCAGGCUGUGCUAUGGCCGUGUAGUAUGCAAGAGUACCGGGAAAUAUUCAUUAGUUCGGUUCGCUUUGUUCCUUGUAGCUUGAGGCAUGCGGUUUGCAACUUCCCGGUGUCCUCCCCGUUCGAGGGCCAGAUGUGCAAAGCACUCUGCCGAAAUUAG